AUGAGUGAAACCUACCAGAUUGUUGGCGCGAACGUCGAUCUGACCUCUCCAUCGGAGGGUGGAACGGAGUGGACUGUUGAGCAGAAAACCCCUGAGUUGGAAAUCGAAUAUCCGGAGCCACAUGUGAGGAUCGGUUGGGCAUAUGGCCCUAUUAACCUUGUUGAUGGAUAUGUCGAUCCGAAUACAUUGGAAAUAGUAGUAGCCCCGGUUAUAGCUCAAGUCUAUCUCGGGACUAUUGAAGGAAAUCUAAAGGAUGGUCUCAGUGUCCGGUUCAAUCUAUCCAGCUCGGAAGGUCGCCUUGAUUUUUACCUCAAAAAUGGCAAUGAAGUCUGGCUAAAGUUUGACCUGCGUAUUCGUUUCGGUGGAUAUUAUGUCGACGAAAUGAGGCUCCUGAGUAUUUGA